CCUGUCUAUGUCUUAUGUAUGCAAAUGGCGCAUCAAUCAAUCAUGGCGUCUGUCCCUUACCGAUCCAAUGCACACACGUUGCCCAACCGGACCACCCACACCCCCCACCAGCCCAUAGCAAUCUCUCCCACACCAAACCCCCCCUCCAGCAAUCCAUCCGGUCGAUCGAGCAGUUAGCUAAUGUCUUCUGCCUCUGCUGCCAGCAGUGUCUCUGAUGGCUGGGCGUGUUGCCAUCGCAGGCUGGCGGGAAGACGACGACGGAACACCACCUACUCGAACACAGACAGACAGACAUAGAUACAGAGACAUAGACACCCACAAGAGUGUCUGAUGUCCCUCUCUGUAUGUGUGUCUGCUUGCCUGUGCUGGCGUAUUUGUGUGGCGUCGACGCGAGCAUGCAGAGGUCAAUAGUGUCCUGCUGCUCAUCAGCAGCGCGCGAAGGGCUCUGCAGUGAGUGCAGAGACACACACAGAUGAGAUGAUUGAUGCACACAAAAGAGAGAGUGUAUGGAUCAAUGUCGUGCGUACGCUGCUUGCUGGACUGGAAGCAGCAGCAGCACUCGAGGAAGAAGGGGAGCUCUCCUGCGUGUUGAUUGAUUGAUGUGGCACAUCACAUACAAACGUGUGUGUAUAGUAUACACAUCGAUCGAUCCGCUUCUCUGCACUCGUACGUUUCUCAACGCUUUUCUCGCGGCAGGGCCUGGUGGUCGGAUAGCCAAGCCACACACAGAGAGAAGCAUGAGGGAAGCGUGGCGUGCACCGACCAACCCCAUGUGUGUGAAUGCAUACCAGUGAUGCCUUUCUGGUUCAUUGGUGGGGCGAUCAGAGCUUCCCUGUCCACACCUGCACGCACACACGUGUAUGACAGACACACACACACGGGGAAAAGGGUGCGGUGCCUACCGUCAGCAAGAGAGAGGUAGCUGUUGAGUGCGCCGGUCGGCUGCAUUAAAGACAGAGAAGAGGGUCACCCAUGCAUUAGUGAGGUGUGUCUUUGUCUGUAUGUCCCUGUGUCUGUUUGCCUGUCUCUCUCCCUCCCUCUUUCUUUUUCUGUCUAUCCGAUAGAUUUGGCACACAAUACACACACAUACGUACCGCGAGUGCAGCCGGUCCGGUGCCGGCCGGUGUGCUGACGGGCAGACCCCUCGCCUGUCGCUCACGACGCUGCACAACCGACACCGACAGACACACACCAUCUGUGGUUUGGGGUGUGUGUCAAAUACCGUCUCGAAGACGGUCUCAUGGUUUUCGUAGGACGAGCCACACCCACACCUACACACAUAUACACACACACAAUCCAGUUGUGUACACGGAUGGAUGCGCAGAUCGAUGAAUGGCUGACGUGAAGCGAGAGAUGAAUCCACUACACGAGCAGCUCGGCUGUGUGCAUUUCUUGGUGCGGGCGUCGUGCACCUCGUAUGAGUGCUUGCACCGACACUUCAAAUCCUGCAUUGCCAUUCCAUCACACAUGGACGCGUGGAUGGAUGUGUGUGGGGUUGAGGGUGUGGUAUAUGACACUUACUUGGCUGCCGUGGAUGGGAAUAUAGGAAAACAUGAGACAUCGGCACCCUUGCAUGCGACAUGACACCUGCACACGAUACAGCGGACACAUCACACAGCAAACGAUGUAACACGAAUCGAUGGCACACGGAUACGAAAGACAAUAUGUCUCUGUGUGUACUUGACAGACCUUUUUGGUCUCCGUCUCAAACCAAGCGUGAUCUCGAUAUCUGCAGAUACACACAUACGUCGAUGGAUGUGGCGCGGGGGUCUGUCGUGUCUGCCGCGCCUGUGUCCACAGAAGCAUUUGCUGGAGGGCCCGAUGAUCUUGCAGUCCAUUCCGGUGGCUGCAGGCCCAAUGCGCAACACAAGCCAUACGGCGCCCUCUCUUUGUCUCUCUGUGUGUGUGUGGGUAUGUCCGUACACGUGUUUCUCCAGUAGACAUGGAGUUCAUUCUCCUUGGCCUUGGCCGCCUUCGCCUGCAACUUGCCAUACCUGUUGAUGUGUUGUGUGUAUCAAUCAAACAAGCGCAUGCAGCCAGACGUGUUGUUGCGUACUCUUCUUCGCUCAGCAGCGCCCCACCGUCCGUAUCGCCGACCAAACUUGACGGAAAGGCCACAGAGAGAGAGAGACAGAAUGCACCCAUCGCGCACACACGAAUGUACGUCUAUGAUGCCAACGAAAUCCAUAUGUCCGUCACACACACAUACUUGAGAUAUUCAAAGUAUGCGUUUAGGUGCUUGUCGGCGUCGGCAGGGAUCUUCACCGCACACAUACUGACAACCACGGGGACGGGCAGGUAGUGAGGGAGACGGCCGGGUGCUGGGGCGUGGACAUACAUACGGGACAUUCAUGUACGUGUCCUCACUUGUCUGGUACGUGGUGUGUGCGUGGGCAGGUAUGUACCUGCUGUCCGUGCCUCUGUACGUUCCUCUCGCUUCGUCCGUGGCUGCAUGCACGCAUCAGAAAUAACAGAAAUGCCGCGGUCGUUGUGCCAUUCUUUAGGAUGGACAACACGCACAAACACAUGCCUGGCGAGUCGCACACUGACGGCCUCUUUGCGGCUCUUUCCCUUUCCUCACGGAACCAAUGCGAGCUAGUAGUAGUACUAGGAUUGCCAUCGCCGCUGAACUUGAAGAUCCGAGAUCCGAGAUCUGAGCCCUCUCUCUGCCCUUGACGAUAUCUUGCCGCCUGUUUGUCCAUCAGCGAAUGGCUCAGCCGCAGCAGCACAACGGCUCCCCGCAGCCACAGC